CACAAGUUAAGUAAAAAUUUGCCAUCGAUAUCAUAUCGAGACAGAUUAAAACGACGACAGAUCUGAUUACAAAAUAAAACAAAUCGAAAACCACCGAUCAGAAACCUGCAUUCCCUUGCCGAUCAUGUAAUAUACACUGAAUUAAAUAAAAAUUAAUCUAAAUAUAAUACGUUUUUUUGUAGGAAAAUAAUGAUGCAAUGUGAUACGUAGUUUCAAAUACACAACACUUAGUAGUACAAGAGGGGAAACUGAGAGGAAAGGGGCGGGUAAAGGACAAUCCGAUCCCUUCUUCUUCUUCUUCUUCUACCAUAUUUGGGGCUUUUUCUUCUUUUGCCUUUUGGUCGAAAAGGACAUCACCCCUCCCAUUUUUGAUCAUCCUCCUCCCCCACUUUGAAACUUUCAAAUUAAAUUGACAAGUGUAGAUGACAGAUUGGAUCAUAAAUUCCUAUGAUCAUUAUUCAUCAACCAUUAUUAUUUUAAUACAUACAUGUAAAUAUGUACACCGAAGGAAAAAAAAAAAUUAAAACUCGCAGAAUACCCUCUUCUUCGUUCUCUUUUUUCUUCUUCCUUCCCUUCCAUUUCAUUCCAUUCCCAUCUGUUUUUUCUCUUUAAUAUAUCCCCUUUUCGGCCUUCCUUCUAUUUUCACCCAAAGUUCAUAAGUGUUUGUCAAAAGAAGAAAACUUGCUGACUUUCACAGACACACAGUUUCAUAAUUCAUACCCCCUUCCAAUCACACACAAAGUACACGCUCUGACACACACCCACACACACACGCACUGCUGCUUAUUUAAUUCCAGUCCACUUUCCAUUUAAACCCGGCAAAACAAACUCAUCAUCAUUCCAUUUCUUGUACAGAAACCCAAACCUCCUCCUUAUCCCAUCAUCUUCAUUCACGUUUUUAUAGUAGGGACAAUUCUCAUCAUAUAUAGUGUGAUUUCUAUUAGCUCUGUUUUGAAGCUGAAAAACAGAGCAACUUCUUCUUUGAGUUCAAAAAGAAAUUAAAAGAAGCUUUAAAUUUCCGGUUAUGGAGAACCGCCAACACCAACUCCACCACCAAUCAGCCCAGCAACCACCGCCCGCCACCAAAUCGUCCAGAUUCCGGCGGAUUUGCGUUUUUUGCGGUAGCAGCCCCGGCAAGAACCCAAGUUAUCAGCUUGCAGCUAUUCACCUUGCUAAUCAACUGGUUGAGAGGAAGAUUGACCUUGUUUAUGGUGGUGGAAGCAUUGGGUUGAUGGGAUUAGUUUCUCAAGCCGUCUUCAAUGGUGGACGCCACGUAUUAGGGUACAUAUUUUUAUUACUUCCAUCACAAUUUUUUACAUUUUACUUUUACUUUUGGGAUUACAAUGAUUUUAUGUUCUUACCAAUGUGUAUUGGCACGUUUUUGUUUGUUUGUUUGUUUUUUUUUUUUUUUGACAGGGUGAUUCCCAAAACGCUAAUGCCAAGAGAGAUUACUGGUGAGACUGUUGGAGAAGUGAGACCCGUGUCCGGAAUGCACCAACGAAAAGCUGAAAUGGCUCGACAAGCUGAUGCGUUCAUAGCUUUACCUGGUAUAUAAAAUUUUUUUUAUUGAUUUCGAAUGUUAAAAUGGAAUUUGGUUUUGUAAACUUUGUGAGCACAUUUUUCAAAAGUUUUUAUAAUCAUAAUUUUGUGGGGAAUGAGGAAUAAAUAGAUUGGUAUAAUUCUUGGUCUUUGUUACAAAUCCUCAUGAUUGAUUGAGGGAUUAAUAUACAUGUACUUGUCAAACUGACAAAAGGUAAGGUACGGACAUCACCGAUCUAAAGUCUCUUUAGUUGCUUUCGUUUACAGUUUCUAAAAUUGACAACUGACGGUCCAUACCACAUUUGUGCAAGCAGUAAAGACUAAAGAUCUCAUCCCCUCAAUAAUCAAUUUCAUGUAAUCAAUUGGCACACUCUAUUUUGUUCAGCUCACAUUAGCCAUUUUUAUUAGUGAAAUGAUGUGAUUUAUUAAGAUUAUAAAUGUUAUACUCUCUUAGUUUUGAAACGACUGUCCGAUUUAUUUAACUAAAACAGGAGAACCAUUUCAAAACAAAAAUUUCCAGAAGCACAAGCAAUGGUGAUUAAUUGAUCCAAUUUUUCAGGUGGCUAUGGAACCUUGGAGGAACUCCUAGAAGUUAUCACUUGGGCUCAACUGGGAAUCCACGAGAAACCCGUAAAUAUCUCACUUUCAUUUAAUUAAUCACACUAGUAGUAGUAGUAGUAUUACUUAGUCAUGCUCAUAUUUUCUAAUAAAAAAAACCUAUAGAUCCAUUGUUUUGUAUUUAAAGAAAACAUUGUAGUAUUAUUUUAGAAAUAUCCUGUGGAGGACCCUCCUCAAGAGGGUAGACAAUUUUGAAGUACACGCGAACAACAGAAUCUCCAAAUAGAUUCCAAUAAUAUUCCAAAUUUUAGAAACACUAGAAAGUUCAACUUUAUUUUUGCAUAAUUAAUUACCUUUCCGAUAAUUGUAAUAGAAGAUUACUUAUGAGUGACGUUUUGUAAUUUAAAGUCUUCUUAUUUGCUGUGGUUUUGAAGGUGGGAUUGCUGAAUGUGGACGGAUACUAUAACUCCCUUUUGUCUUUCAUAGACAAAGCUGUGGAUGAGGGUUUCAUUACACCUUCUGCCCGUCAUAUCAUUGUAUCUGCCCCGACCGCCCAUGAACUCAUGUCCAAGCUUGAGGUACUAAUUUUUGUGGUUUCUACAUAGUGCAAAUGAUAGCCGAUGAUGUAUCAUUUAAAUUCUUACCAGAUAUGAAUAAGUGAUAAUAAUAGUGGUAUAUAUAAUGGUAUAAUUAAGUUUUUUUGUCUCACUAAUUAAUCCGUUAAUCUGGCAGGAGUAUGUUCCAAAGCAUAAUGAGGCUGGUACUAAACUGAGUUGGGAGAUGGAGCAACAACUGGGUUAUAACACCACAAAACUGGACAUUGCCCGUUGACCCGACCCGAGUCUCGGCGAACUAGCUUGCAAAUGACAAGUUGCUCUUUUUACUUAAUUAGAUGGAAGAGGAAGAAGGGAUUCAAGAUGAAAUUAAGAAGCUCUUUUGGUUGGAGGUUUUAUUCGGGGCAAAAAAAAAAUCUCAUUAAUUAAGUAUAGAUAAAUAGCAGUAGUAGCAAACGAGGACCACAGUUGUUUUCAGUAGCUGUGGGAAAAUGGGAAUCUCUCUCUUUCAGUACACUGAGGCUUCUCAAUUUCUUGAAUCAUCAUCAGUACAUGUAAUUUUGAUGAUUUGAUUGAUUUGAAUUGUUCAUUAUUUUUAGUGCUAACCUGGUAAGCAGGAAAGGUACCUUCCUUUUUCAUAUGUCAAUUGUGAAGACAACAACGUUUGUGUCUAGAAUUGAUUGAGAUUCCGUUUUCUGUACAUGUAACUCGACUCUUAAAAACAACAUUCUAUUGUUACACUUUGAUGAUGUGCUCAUUCUCAAACCCCCAAAUGUCAACAUUUCCUUCUUCUCCACAA